AUUCUCACUUCAACAGCACUUCAUCGAGUACGAGUACGCUUCACUUGAACAGUAGUAGUAGCCCCAACUCUACUGUACCCUCAUCGCCAUCCUCAGUCAUUUCCUCACCUAUUGGUCGUCAAGCGGCAGCAGCAGCAGCAGCCGCCGCCGUCAGCACUCACCUCCUCACAAAUAAUGACAUUUGCGGCAGUGUCAGCCAGCACAGCACCUCCUCAUCUGUUGACCCUCUUGUGACUAUCAUCUCCAGUGCAUCAUCUUCAUCAGCACCCUCCGCUGUCAUCACCUCUGAUCAUCAGUGCACCACUUCACAUACUGCUUUCAUCACCAGUGCGCCAGUGAAAGGGGAACAAGGUCUUCAACUGCAGCUGUCUGUGCCUAAAAGGGAACAUGAGCAUGCAAGUGAAUCAGCCAUUGACCUGGUGAAAUCAGCAUCUUUGCCCAGUCACCGUCAUGUGCCCGUUAUUGCCAGCACUGCUGGAUACGCAGCCGUAAUCGGCAACAGCAGCAGCAGCAGCAGCAAUCAGCAGAUCACGUCCUUGUCGUCUACUGUGCAGCUAGAGGCAACACAACAGGACAUUGGCGGACGUGUGCCAGUGCUGGACACCACCUGCGUCCCCUCGACCUCAGCUUCCUCUUCCUCUGAUCAUCACUCGGAGUCCUCCGACUACGGCAGCGCCUCCACUGGCAGCGCCAAGUCCUCCUCGAUCAAGGACCGCGAAUCGCCCUUCAGCUCACCCGACGAGGGCAUUGAAAUGGAAGAGGUGGAGGUCCUUUUCAAGCAAUCUACAAGCAACAACGCUUCACUUCCAAAG